CAGUUGAAACCUUCCACAGGGAGAGGAGGGGCACCAAGCUCUUAGCUGGGGAGCUUUCAAUUCAGCCUAUGACUUUCUUGCUAAACAAAAGGAUUUGUGCAAUUGCUCUUUUAUCUUGUACUUGCCUUGCAAUUGGGAAGCCUUGAUAAACAGGUGAGAUGUCUGAAAAGUUAAGUAGGUGCCGUAAGGAGCUAGCAGCAGCUAUUGAUCGAGCAAUGGAAGAUCUCUCCAUUCCUUUCCUUCCUUCCCAAGAUACCAGCAACAACCAGGACUCUGAUUUGCCAAUAGUGCAACUUUCUGCACCCCCUAAUGUAGAUAUCUUUAAUUCUAAGGGAGAGGUACUAUCUCCUACUGUGUAUUGCCCCCAGCCAUCUUCAGCAGUCUCUUCUCCUGAAAAAGAGAAUCCCCUCCUUAGGUCAAAUCUCUUUCCAGUGACGGUAACCUCGACUAUUACAUGUACCAAACGGGAACCAUUGAUGAGCAAGGAAAAUACAUGGUUGCACGCCCCAAUCUUUAUGGCUGAUAAACAGUAUUUUAUCAGCCUACAAGACAGUGAAAGAUGGAAGAAAGGACAAGUAAGCAAAACUGAUGAACGAUCCAUGAAGUCAGAAACAAACAUAAUUUCCUGUGAUGUUCCUCCAGAGAAUCCAAAGGAUCAUGAAGAUACGUGUGCUGAUGAAUCCUCAACUGUCCAUCUGGGUGAGAGGAACACUUUCAGAAAGGUCCUAGAGCAUAGCCCUGAAGAUGAAGCUAUCAUUGAAACCUUGUUGGAUAUGGAAGAGGAAUACAGAUUAAACAGCUCCACCUUGCACCAGCUUCACUAGGCAGGUGGUGUAAAGUGUGAGCUAUUUUUAAGAUUUGUUAGUAACAUUUUUAAACCAUGCAAGCAAUCCUGACCAGAUGCACAAUUAAAGUAAGCAACUUACAAUA